UGAUAAGUCUGUUUAAAAACAUUAAAAUUAAAAUGUUAAUACCUAUUUAUUUUUAACUAUUCGAUUAUUGCCAUUCAAUAGUCAAUUAUUAUUGCGUACGUUGUUGUUUUAAAAUAAGUGACCGGUAAUCUAAUUUCAGUGUUUUUCUUUUUUGUCGAAAAAUUCAUCAUUUUUUAUUUUUGUAAAAAUGACGUCUUGUAUGGCUGUGAGCGAAAAUUCCAUUGUAGUUUCUUCUAUUGAUGGUGAUAAAUGUUAUGUGUAUUCAUUGACUUCAAGUGAAGUAAAAAACUUGACCGAACAUUUGGGCGAAGCGUACAAUCAUUUGCAAUCCAAUAACCGCGAUUUGCAAAAGGCUUGCGCGGCGUUCUCUAGCCAUGAAAAACUGUUUGCAUACAAUCCAAACAAGGGGAAAUUGUUGAGCAUUUGGAAUGCGACAAGUUGGUCUCUGGUUGAAAACAAAACAUUAGCAAAACACGCUACGAAAAUUGUAUUCACACCCAAAACGCAUGUAAUCGUUGUUGGCGAUAAAAAAGGAGAUGUCUACGCUUUUGAAGAACAACCUGUUCGUUUACUCGGACAUUCUUCGAUGGUGCUGGAUAUUUGUUUCAGUGCUGAUGAAAAAUACAUAAUUACAUGCGACAGCGAUGAAAAAGUACGAGUGUCACACUAUCCAAAUGGAAAAAAUAUUUUAUACUACAUGAUGGGACACGAGGCCUACGUUAGCGGGUUGUGUUCGUUAAAUAAUUUUAUUUUAUCCGGUUCUGGAGACGGCUCACUGCGUUUAUGGGAUCUGAAAAACGGUGACCUUCUGGACAAGUUAAGCCUAGAAAUGCCUGUUCGCAGUGUUGUCAGUGUUGGCAAUACGGCCGCUGUUCAGUUUUACAACUCCAAAGAUGUACACAUAAUUAAAACAGAUAAAAAAGAAAGUUCCAUCUCUAUCAAAAGUGUAAAAGUACUUGACUUCGAUAGCCCCGUGUUAGAUAUUGCAUCUUACUGUAAUCAAUUAUGGAUUAUUUCUGGGAAUUCGGUUCAUCAUUACUCCGUUGACUCCAAUAAUGAAAUUGUCACUGUUACUGAGAAUACAAGGCUAAAGAAUGCAGUUGAAGCAAUAGAAAACUUAGUAACAUCUUUUAUGCGUUUAGAGAAUACAGAUUUAAUGAAUUUUUUAUACAAGAAAAUGGUCGAUAAACAAAAGCGAGCCGAACAAUGUCUUCAUAAUGUUGCUCCAUUGUUACAUCUUGCAAAAAGAAUUAAGCAAGCUUGAAAAACAAAAUUUCAUGUUAACUAUUUAUAAUAAGAUUAAAUUGUAUUGUUUUCGUUAUGAUAUUUGUAUGCUGUUUAAUUUUUUUAAUUAUGUGAUUUACACCUUAAAUACUAUGUAUAAAUAAUAUAUUUAAGUCCUAAUAGUUUUGUAUUUUCUAUUUACUUAAUUAUUAUCUUCACAGUUUUCCUUGUGUAAAGUAACUUUAAAAUAACAGCUGU